AUGUCGAACCAAGACUAUAAAUAUUUCCGGGUCACUAUUCCAGAACCAUGGAUCGCCCAUGUUGAAAUCAAUCGCCCGGGCCAAGUGAACGCCUUUUUGGAAGAUGGAUGGCGCGAGAUGCGAACCGUCUUCGACCAUCUCUCCACAGACCCAUCUGUUCGUGCGAUUGUUUUCUCCGGAUCAGGCGAGAAGGGGUUCUCAGUUGGCAUUGAUCUGAAAUGGGUUUCCGGCCAAGAUUCACCGUUUAUGGUUGGGCCGGGCGAGGGCGUCGACCCAGGGAGACGUGCAGUCACUCAGCUUCGGAGAUUUGGGGUUGAGUUCCAGGAGUGUAUCUCGAGUAUUGAGAAGUGUGAGAAGCCGGUUAUCUGUGCGAUGCAUGGCUAUGCAUUAGGAAUGGCCAUGGACGUCUGUUCGGCGACGGACAUGCGGAUCUGUUCGAAAGACACGGUCUUCUGUGUCAAGGAGGUUGAUAUCGGCAUUGCCUCUGACAUUGGGAUUCUGGCACGACUACCCAAGGUCGUCGGGUCAUACACCUGGGUCAAGGAUGUGGCGAUGUCCGGCCGAAACUUCGAUGCAGAUGAGGCGCUUCGAGUUGGGUUUGUGAGUCGCGUUCUCCCAACGAAGAAGGAUGUCAUGCAGGAAGCAUUUAGAGUUGCGAGGAAUCUCAGUGAGAAAAGCCCAGUUGCGGUUCAGACGAUCAAGCACUUCCUUGAUUACAGUCGAGACCGCACUGUCCCAGAAGGACUUCAAUACCAGCUAGCUUACAACGUCGCGGCGGUUCAAACCAGGGAUGUUCCAGUUGCUAUUUCGUCCAUGGUAUCGAAGAAAAAGCCCGUUUUUGGAAAGCUCUAG